AUGCGUAAACCACCCGCCGAAGCAAUGAGAAAAGGAAAAGGAGCCGAAGAAAGGAAACCGCUUACAUCAACGAUAAAUGAACCUGGCCCCUCGAAACCAAAGGCCACCAUUCCGCCAGCAAUCCCGCUAAAAUUAACCGAAGAGUUGCCAGCAAAAGGUCAAGUUGAAAUCAUCGUUCAUCAACCGACGAUCACUUCGGAUCCGAGAAGACACAGCGACGAUGAACAGAAGCCAUUACGGACAAAAAGCGACAAGGGUGGUUCGGUGAGUCUUGCAAUUCCUGAUGAAACACUCGCCGAACCGUUAAUGCCUGGUAAAACGGGAGGUUUGAAGAAAUCCCUGUCAAUGACGAGUAUCCGAACAAAACUCCGGGAACACCGAGAAAGAUUUAAUCGUCAUCAAUGUGCUGGUAUCAUUUUGUUUUUAAUUCUCGGCGCACUCUGCAACGUUCUCUCAUAUUUGGCGUCUGUUUGGGCGGCUCAACUAAACGCCGAGAUUAUUCAAGCAGCUGUCAGCAAUGAGCAUUCCAUGAAAUUUCAGCUUAAAAAAACAAUUGUGACUGGUCCAUCAAAAUAUUUGAUCGGUUUGUUGAAUUUCGGUGGGCGAUUGUUGAGCGCAAUUGGAACGGUUCUCCUUGUUCAGGCUCUCGUCUCGUAUUGCAAGCGUCGACGGUAUAACACGAUUCUGAAGAGUGCCGCCGAGAAUGCUGACGAUCUGAUGAGCGAGGUACAUGGUGGAAUCACCGAUUAUGCGGGAGAGUGCUGUCUCUCGUGUGUUCAGGCACUCACC